UGACUUCACUUAAGACAAUGCUGGGUUCAAACCCAUAAAUAAAGGGAAGGGAGACAUCGCGGAGGAAAGGCAAAACAGUGCCCCGCCCGCCCUGGCAUCCUCGACGUUGAUAAAGAAAAUAGGGUUUAAAAACUUGCCGCCGUAUAAAACCGAUUAUCUGCUUCAGUCCUACGGGCUCUUAUUUGCAGUCUGCUGCAGCUAGACAAUGGAUGAUGUCAUCCUGUCAAUGGCACAGCAGGGGGCUUUCAGUUCCAGCUCUUCCUGGGUUGCUGCCUAAAUCAUGCUGCUCUGUUCCCUGGGGGUCUUGCUUGGCCUGGUGGUGUGUGCUCUCUCUCUGGACAAUGGACUGCUGAGGACUCCACCAAUGGGCUGGACGCCUUGGGAGCGCUUUAAAUGUAACCUCGACUGCAAAAAUGAUCCUGAACACUGCAUCAGUGAACACUUGUUCAAGGCGAUGGCAGACAGAAUGGCAGAAGAUGGGUGGAAGCAGCUUGGAUAUGAGUACAUCAACCUGGAUGACUGCUGGGAAGCUGAAGAAAGAGAUGCUCAGGGCAGGCUCCAGGCAGACCCUCAGAGGUUUCCCAGUGGCAUUAAAGCCCUUGCUGAUUACGUUCAUGCAAAAGGUCUGAAGUUUGGCAUCUACAGCGACAUGGGCACCGCCACCUGCGAAGGCUUCCCUGGGACGACCCUAGCAAACAUCGAAACAGAUGCUAAAACCUUUGCAGCGUGGGGGGUUGACCUGCUGAAGCUGGAUGGCUGCUUCUCCAAUUCUUCUGUCAGGGCAGAAGGCUUCCCGAAGAUGAGCGUGGCGCUGAACAAGACAGGCCGGCCUAUCGCUUUUGCUUGCAGUUGGCCUGCCUACGAUGGUGGACUUCCACCAAAGGUGGAUUAUAAUUUACUUGGCAAGUAUUGCAACCUGUGGAGAAAUUAUGUCGAUAUUCAAGACUCCUGGACCAGCCUCUCCCACAUCUUCGAGUGGUACGGAGAUCACGGGGACGCACUGCAGCCUGCUGCUGGCCCGGGAAAGUGGAAUGAUCCUGAUACGCUUCUAGUCGGGGACUUUGGCCUGAGCAUCGAGCAGUCGAAAGUGCAGGUGGCACUCUGGGCGAUCCUGGCCUCCCCGUUCCUCAUGUCCUGCAAUUUGCGCACCAUCUCGGAGGAGGCCAAGAACCUCUUGCAGAAUCGGCUCUUGAUCUACAUCAACCAAGAUUGUCUGGGAAUUCAGGGCAAGCGUAUUAUCAAGGCCCACUGCUUUGAGGUGUGGAAGAGGCCCCUGUUUGGCCAGCACUACGCCGUCGCCAUUGUGAACACCGGCACCGAUGGGAUGCCAAAGCCUUUUGUGACCACGGUGGAGCUGCUGGGCAUCUUGGACUGCAAGGCCGGCUACAAGGUCUUCAACGUGCUGGACAAGUCCUUUGUGGGGGACUACUUGCCCAGUGCUCCGAUCCGCGCCAACGUUCCUCCGACGGGCGUCGUCUUGCUCUUCCUCCGGCCUCUUUGCUAGCCCUUCCAGCCACCGCCCCACUCCCACCCCCCGUCCAGCAGCCUGCACACUUUGAAUAUAAUCCAGGGAAGCCGGGAGUUCAGCUCAUUGUACGGAAGGUGGCUGUCGACCAGGAUGCAGAAUUGGGAGGCCGCUGUUACUCCCCCGACGGGAGGUUUGGCAGUACUUGGGCUGAACUUUGCAAGAACCAGCCCUGCCCCUCUUCUCCCCCCGAGAGAUCCCUGUGGGGCUGUGGAAGAGAACUUGCCGGAUCCUUGAGAGGGAGCCUGCCUUGAAUCAGAGGAGGGAUCAGGACCACCAAAACAGCCCCGACCUCUCUCCUGGAGCGGUGCAAAUGGGGGAGGGCCCAGCUUCCCCUUGGCCAGCCAUUUGCACGAGGAUACACAGUGGCAGUGCAACCAGAAAGGGCCCAAGGUGUGCUGCUUGCAGGUGAGCAGGCCGUGCCUUUCCCUUCCGAGAACCAUCACCAAAGAGCCCAGUUGUCCAGGAUGAAGCGGCCCUCCGAGGUGCAAGAGCUGGGGCCAGUUCGGAAGGUGACCGCCACCUGGCUUCAGUGGAGAUGGCCAUCCUCUCUCUCCCUCCUCCUCCUCCUCCUCCUCCUCCUCCUCCUCCUCCUCCUCCUCAGCCUUGCUUGGGAAAUCAGGGCCUUCUGCUCAGACUCUCCUGCCCUUUCUCAGGCCUUCUCGAGCCAAAGGAGUGGUCCUGGGUGAAACUGCACAGCUGCCUCCUGGGUGGAGCUGGAUCUCUCAUGCUGCUGGAAGGGGCCACCAGGCUGGGCUUCCCCAACUCCUGCUGCAAUGGCUCCGCUGCCUCCCUGACCUCCAUCUUGCCGGAGGAGAGCAACAGCUGGAUCUCUCGGCUCUUCCCAAUACCGAGGUGGCUUAAAUAUAGAGGAGAUUCUGCCUGGCUGGGAAUCUCUCCUGGGCAGGUGCAGCAAUGCUGUCUGAUGCCUGCUGGUGUGGCUUCUUCUGCCCCUGCAGCAUCCUAACCAGCAGUGAUUCCUCCAAAAAAACCUCCACGGCAGCAUCUUUUUCAGCCUUUGUCCCCUCUGCUUCACCGGUUGUAAUUUGUGGGCUCACCUCUCCAACCCUGUGAUUGGAUGAUCAGCAGAGGAGACCCAAUGUUCCUUUUUAAAGCCAUGGAGUUCUGUGCCUUUGUGCUUCCAAAAGCAAUCACUUGCCCACAAAUAAACACGUCUGGUUUUUAUUCUUUC